AUGUUGACCGUUCGCUCGUCUGUUUUCUUCUUUGCCCUGGUGCUCUUGGUCAUCUUCGCAGAUGUCCAUGCAGCGCCGCAAAGGGGCUCGAGGCGGAAAGGGAAAGGUGCCGCUACCGCUGCGGCAAAUACCCAGACUCUUCAGCAACAGGCCGCCCAGGUACCACAGGGCGUUUCGCAGGCGACUGAUGGAUCGACAAUUUUAGAUACAACGGCCACAGUCAAUGGCCUCAACCUGCGAUUCAAGGUCAGCGGCCCCGUCGACCAAUUCACGGCGGAUACUGGCAUCGACGGAGCGACGGCGCAAGCUGGCGAUGCCGGUCCGUUGGGACUUAAUGUCCUCCUCCAUGGUGACGGUGGUCAAUCCUUCUUUGACUUCCCAAAUCAAGCUGUGCAGGGAGACCUCAUGGGCGUGGUCAUUCUGGCCCCCUCAGAGCAACUUCUCUGGGGACAAAGCCAGGGCCAGCCCCAAGGCCUCUCUCGCCCAGACGGCGUUGAGCACUCUCAGGCCGUCAACGACCUCAUUCAGACGGUACUGCCGCAAGUUGUCGCCUUCAACACCUCGAAUGUGUUCUUCACCGGUGUGUCUGGUGGCUCUCUCACUCUGAGCGGCUUCUUCAUGCCCGCACACUUGACCAAUUUCGCCGGCACGGGCGUGCUCCUCAUGUGCGGCGGACUCGAACCACAGGUGGACUUUGUCGACGCAAACAACGUCAUCAGCACCACCAAGAUUCAUUUCCAGAGCACGCAGAACGAGCUGGCCCUGCUGCAGCCGGCCAUCCCCGACGCCAUCAUCGCGUAUGAGCAGCUGGCGGCCCAGGCUGGCGUCAGCGCGGACCAGCUCAACGUCCUUCAGACGGUGGAUAAUACCCCCAACGGCGGGCACUGCGAGUUCGACGAGCAGGGUUUCUCGAGUGGUAUUCAGUUGAUUUCGGACAACUUCGCCAAUAUCAUGCAGGGUGGCAACGGCGCCGUAGACGGGAUCAACGCUCAGACGGUGCUGACUGGUGUUGUUGGGAACGAGAACCUGCAGUUCUCCGGCAAUGGUAAUUAG